AUGACCAGUGCAUCUUUAACAACUGAGCAAUUUGAGACGUUAGUAAAAGCUGUAGCUGCAGCUAAUGUAAAAGUUGGAACUUUUAGCCAUUGUUCAGCUCGCUAUAAUGGUGAAAAAGAUUCGACCAAGCUUGAGGAGUUCAUCUCGGCUAUCACAACUUUCAAAACUGUGGAAAAUAUUGGAGAUAUGGAAGCCAUUAAUAGUAUGCCAAUGCUGUUGUUGGGUGAUGCUUCCGAGUGGUGGAGUGGCGUGAAGUCGAAAGCUAAGAAAUUUGAUGAUGUGGUGAAUAUGCUGCGUGAUUCCUUUUGCCCAGCAAAGCCGGCAUGGCGCAUAUAUGCGGAAAUUUGUGAAGGAAAGCAGCAGAAGAAUGAAGCCACAGAUGUGUUCAUUAGGAAGAAGAGGGCGUUAUUCGCUAAACUUCCAAAAGUUCCGUCGGAAAAUGACCAAAUCGACAUCCUGUUUGGAAUGCUUCAUGUCCAGAUUCGUGAACGAGUUAUUCGUCAUAAGGUGGCAAAUUUCGACGAAUUGCUCAAGGAUGCACGAGAAGCUGAAGAUUCCCUAAACGAGCCCUCGCCCCACACUUUGGAAUGUUGUUGUUCGAUGAUGAUGAUGAUGAUGAUGAUAAUGAUUCUGAUGAUGACGACUAUGAUGACGCUGAGUGUUAUUGAACUGUGUGGCGUUGUUGGUGUGAUGUAG